AGGGCAGAAGAGGCUGCUCAGUUGGAGACACCUGCAAUUCUGCUGCUGCACCUGGAUCUUGUAGAACUGGACCAGGAAAUAAAUGGGCGAGGGGUGGAGUUCCCCUUGGCCUUCUCACAGCUCAGGGGUGGGACGAGCAACUGGCAGGCUCCUGCAUUGAAAGUCAUGGCACAGUGGUGGCAACUUCUGCUAGGAUUGUGGACAGUCAUGCCCACCUGGGCUGGAGACACGCUACUCAAUGUUUGCAUGAAUGCCCAACACCACAAGAGAGAGCCUGGCCCAGAAGACGAGCUCUAUGUAGAGUGUAUCCCCUGGAAGGACAAUGCCUGCUGCACAGCCACCACAAGCUGGGAAGCCCACCUUGAGGUGUCCCCACUCCACAACUUCACCUUGGUUCACUGUGGAUUGUUGACCCCAAGCUGUCAGAAACACUUCAUCCAGGCCAUCUGCUUCUAUCAGUGUUCCCCUAACCUGGGGCCCUGGAUCCAGCUGGUGGGGCCCAGUGGGCAGGGAGAACGCAUCGUGGGGGUGCCACUGUGCCGGGAAGACUGUGAGGAGUGGUGGGCAGACUGCCGCACUUCUUAUACCUGCAAAUCCAACUGGUACAGCAGCUGGCACUGGAGUCAGGGAAAGAACCGCUGCCCUGCAGAGGACAUCUGUCACCCUUUCCCCCAUUACUUCCCCACCCCAACUGACCUGUGUGAGAAGAUUUGGAGAAACUCCUUCAAUGCAAGCCCUGAGCACAGGAACAGUGGGAGAUGUCUCCAGAAGUGGUUUGAGCCUGCUCAGGGCAACCCCAACGUGGCUGUGACCCGCCUCUUGGCUAAUACUGCCCCAACCCGGGAGCUUGCCUAUGUCCCCAUUCCCUUCUCUCUAUUCCUGCUCUUCCUUUCCUGAGGACCCUUCUUUCCCCCACCCACAUUCCUGGCUCCCACUGGCAGUGACCAGGCCAAGGCCGUCUCCUUCCUCAGGCCAUUCACUAAAAGGAGCAGAAGUGGCAGCAGCUGGUGUCUGAACCCUGCACACUGGGUCCCAGGCACUCUACGCUGCUCUGCUGUGCUCUGCCUAAGCUGGCCUGGGAAACAGCUGGGGUGGGAACUGUUAAGGUGACCCAUCCCCUCCUGCCCACAAGAAUAAGGGCUGUGAUGGGACCCUAUGCCCUUCUGGUCCUGCCCAUGUCCACCCUUUCCAUGGCAGAGCUGAUGGUGACAGUCUGGCCUCCCAUCCUACCAUGGUGCCUCCAAUAAAAUAGCAACUGAC